CCGGCCCUGAACCAUGGGACUAGGACUACUCCAUAAUUCCGAAACCUUCGUGCUGAUAAAAUGACUCCUACAAAGGCUCCCGAUGAGAUAUUUCCAAUCACAACAUUCAUUUCGGAGCUACCGACCAGUUUCGUUCCGCAGUCCCUCCCAUCAUCUUCCGAAAAUGGCCCUGUCAGCAGACGCUUGGUCAUUGUAGGCGAUGUGCAUGGGAUGAGAAAAUCCCUCGAGGCGCUCCUAGACAAAGUUGGGUUCGACAAACGCAAAGGAGAUCAUCUAAUACUAGCUGGCGACCUGGUCAAUAAAGGGCCCGAUAGCCCUGGUGUGGUUGAUCUAGCUAUCAAGCUGGGAGCCAGCGCAGUGAGAGGCAACCACGACAAUGCAGUUCUUAAUGCGGCCGCGGAGAUCAAAACCACAAAGGCUAGUUCCAUACAACAAUCUGGAGGCUUCACGGGCAGUCCGGCCCUACCAGAAACCCCUGAAGCCGACGUGCCCGGGGAUACUGUCCAAGACCCCGAGAUACCUGACAAAGACGCAUCUACUACAACCGGCGCAAGUAUGAAACAUAGCGCAGCAACAUAUAGUACAGCAUUGGCACUUUCGACCAGCCAGCUCGACUGGCUUGCCGCUCUGCCUUUGAUAUUGCGCGUCAAGCUGCCUCCUAACUUGAGAUCCUCCUUCGGCGAUACUUUAAUUGCUGUACAUGCGGGCCUCGUUCCUGGUAUCCCGCUUGAAGCACAGGAUCCACACGCUAUCAUGCAUAUGCGGUCUCUCGUCCGCACACCUGGUGACGAGAGUGAAUUCAAACCUGUUGAAACCUUCGGGGAAGAAGGCUGGGCUAUGGAAUGGGACCGAUGGCAAGAUAAGCUAGCGUCCAAGACUACUGUGAUAUUCGGACACGAUGCAAAGCGUCGUUUGCAACUGGGAAGGUAUUCCAUCGGACUGGAUUCAGCGUGUUUAUAUGGCCAUCGGUUAAGCGCGCUUGUGAUUACGGGUUGCGAUGGAGAAAUCAAGCACCAGAUUGUUCAAGUCGAAUGUGCUGAUGAGCCUGUACUCCCAACGGAUAGUUGAAAAGUACAGCAAGCCAAUUGGACAG